UUUCGCUUUCUCUCUCCCCACUGCCAGACCUGUUCGGGUCAUCACUGCCUCUCACUGCAACAUUGGUCUUCUUCCCCUCUGGUUUAGGGCUCAAUUUCACAGCUUUUUCUUCCCCAGCCUCUUCCAAUCUUGGUUUUCGAGAAUGGAGGCUUCUGCUCUUAGCUUCGUAGAGAAGAGGAUUUGGAUAGGCUCUCUGAUGGAGGCUCUGGCGGUGGAGACUGUUCUUGCUGCUGGGAAAUGCCUCGUUUGGCUUCUGAAAGUGACUGAAUCUCUGUUGACUGAUGUCAAUCAUUCAGUGCCACCAAAGUUCACUCAAAUGGAUGGAAGGUUUCCUUUAGAUGAACUCGUGAGGGGAAAAUGUGGUUUCAUAGAAUGCAAGGAUGGUAGUGAUGAAGAUGAUGAUGAAGAUGACCAAGAUGAAGAAGAUGCAAAUGAUCAAGAUGAUGAUGAUGAUGCAGGAGAUGAGGACUUUUCAGGUGGUGAGGAAGAAGCAGAUCCUGAGGCCAAUGGUGCAGGAGGAAGUGAUGAUGGGGAUGAGGAUGAUGAUGAAGAUGGAGACGAAGAUGAUGAGGAGGACGGGGAGGAUGAUGAUGAGGAAGAAGAGGAAGAGGAAGAAGAAGAAGAGGAUGAUGAGGAGGAGGUACCCCAGCCACCUGCUAAGAAAAGAAAGUGAGAAAUUGAGAAUUAUAGUAGUAGGUAACAUUGUUUUCUUCUCAUCCCCCUGUAAUGUUCUCUCAGUCAUGCUUAGUUCUUAGGACAGUUCUCUUAUCUUCCUUCUGGAUGGACCUGUUGUUUUACCUUGUGUUGGAGAUCAUAACAUCAUAAUGAAUGUAUUCUCAUUUGUGAUUUUCAUA